UGAGGCGGCCGGGGUGGGGCAGGCGCCCUGCAAAGCCAGGGGCUGCGGCGGAGCGGGCGCUGGCCGGGCUCCCCACCUCCCCCGCUGCAGAUGGCCAAAAUCCUGAACAUGAUGGAAGACAAUAAGCAGUUGGCCCUCCGGAUCGAUGGAGCUAUCCAGUCCGCCAGCCAGGAGAUGACUAACCUGCGAGCCGAGCUGACAGCCACCAACAGGAGACUGGCCGAGCUGGGCAGCAGCGCCGCCACCCCCUCGAUCAUGGAGAACAACCAGCACAACGCGCAAGUGCUGUUACGAGAAGAAGUGACCCAGCUUCAGGAGGAGGUUCACCUGCUCCGACAAAUGAAGGAAAUGCUAACAAAAGAUCUGGAGGAGACACAUGGCAGCAAGUCGACAGAGGUUCUCUCCGCCACUGAGCUCAAACUCCAACUGGCACAGAAAGAGCAAGAGCUAGCGCGAGCCAAAGAAGCCCUACAGGCCAUGAAGGCAGAUCGAAAACGUUUGAAAGCAGAGAAGACAGACCUGGUAAGCCAAAUGCAACAGCUCUACGCCACGCUGGAGAGCCGGGAGGAACAGCUACGUGACUUCAUCAGGAACUACGAGCAACACAGAAAAGAGAGCGAGGAUGCAGUGAAAGCACUUGCGAAAGAGAAGGAUCUCCUGGAGCGCGAGAAGUGGGAGCUGCGCCGGCAAGCCAAAGAGGCGACAGACCACGCCAGCGCGCUCCGCUCCCAGCUGGAUCUGAAAGACAACAGAAUGAAGGAACUGGAAGCCGAGCUCGCCAUGGCCAAGCAGUCCUUAGCCACGUUAACCAAGGAUGUCCCCAAGCGUCACUCGUUAGCCAUGCCAGGCGAGACCGUGUUGAAUGGGAAUCAGGAAUGGGUGAUGCAGGCGGAUCUCCCGCUCACAGCUGCUAUCCGGCAGAGCCAGCAGACGCUUUAUCAUGCGCACCCCCAGCAUUCAGCAGACCGACAAGCUGUCAGAGUGAGUCCGUGCCAUUCACGGCAGCCUUCCAUCAUCUCCGAUGCAUCAGCAGCAGAAGGCGAUAGGUCAUCGACGCCAAGUGACAUCAACUCGCCCCGGCAUCGGACGCAUUCCCUCUGCAAUGGGGAUAGUCCUGGACCGGUACAGAAGAACUUGCACAACCCAAUUGUACAGUCUCUAGAGGACCUCGAAGACCAAAAACGAAAAAAGAAGAAAGAGAAGAUGGGAUUUGGUUCCAUCUCCAGAGUAUUUGCCAGAGGGAAGCAGCGGAAAUCCCUAGACCCGGGCCUCUUUGAUGAUUCCGACAGCCUUUCCAGCCCAACCCGCCUAAGCCUCAGCCUGUCUGAGGGGGAGGAACAGAUGGACCGGCUGCAGCAGGUGGAGCUGGUCCGCACCACGCCCAUGUCCCACUGGAAGGCGGGCACUGUGCAGGCGUGGCUGGAGGUGGUCAUGGCUAUGCCCAUGUAUGUCAAAGCCUGUGCGGAGAACGUCAAGAGCGGGAAGAUGUUGCUCAGUUUGAGUGAUGAAGAUCUGGCGACAGGGCUGGGCGUCUGUAGCUCCCUUCACCGCCGCAAACUCAGGCUGGCAAUAGAGGAUUACAGGGACGCAGAAGCAGGCAAAUGCUUGUCUAAAGCCUCUGAACUGGAUCACCACUGGGUAGCCAAGGCCUGGCUGAAUGAUAUUGGGCUGUCUCAGUAUUCCCAGGCUUUCCAAAAUCACCUCGUGGAUGGAAGGAUGCUGAACUCGCUGAUGAAACGGGACUUGGAGAAGUACCUUAAUGUGUCUAAAAAGUUCCACCAGGUCAGCAUAUUGCUGGGAAUAGAGCUGCUUUUUCAAGUCAACUUCAGCAAAGAGGUUCUGCAAGAGCGGCGGGCUCGCUGCGAGACCCAGAACGUCGAUCCGCUUGUCUGGACAAAUCAGCGGAUGCUCAAGUGGGUGCGGGACAUCGACCUGAAGGAGUAUGCGGAUAACCUGAUGAACAGUGGCGUGCAUGGGGCCGUGCUAAUGCUGGAGCCCACGUUCAAUGCAGAAGCCAUGGCCACAGCUCUGGGCAUCCCAAGCGGCAAGCACAUCCUGAGGCGGCACCUGGCCGAGGAGAUGAAUGCCAUCGUUAACCCAGACAACCCUACAGGUGUUCUAGAGAGCGACCGAUAUGGAACGUCAACUCUCCUCAAACAGGGUUCGCUCAGGCGCUCCUCCAGCGCUACCAGGCAGAGCAAGGAGGAGGGGAACAGCUUAAAAUGCAAAGCAAGCAGGCUUCCCCUGGGGAAAAUUGGAAGGGGAUUCAGCGGAAAAGACACUGAUUUCCAUGACGACUAUGGAUCUCUCAAAAACGAAGAGUGCUGUGAGGAUAUGAAGCUAAGUAGGCCAGAGCAGUGCCGCCUGGAACGCUUUGGCAGCCUGGAAGUCACCAAUGUGUAAUGAAUUGGAUUGUUCAGGCAAGACAGGACUCACUGAAAUCAAUGGUGACAUUGUGGCCAGCAAAUGGGAAAGAAAUCUGAAGAGAGUGACUGAAACGCAGACUUCUUUGGUUGUACAUAUUGUAGCCGUUGCUAGAGGAAACUCUGUUCAAACCUAACACAGUGGCGUGUCUUUGUUUAAAGUGUCUGUAUUGUGUUAAUGCUGAGGGACCCAGAUAAAUCCAGUACUGAUUCCCUAUAGUCAAAGAUUUCCAGCAAGCAUUCCAGAAAACUUUCAGAAAUGAACUUGGGCCCUCAGUGAAAUGAUAGCAAUGCUCAGCCAAUGACCUGACUGAUCCAUUCUUCUCUCUGGGUGGGCCCCCCACAAAUACAAAAUGCACUUAUGGGAUGACUGUGGGGACCCGGGACUGCCAGCUUGAAUGGGGCAGGAAAGACCAGCCCCAGUGAGAUUGCUUCCAGUUGUCAUGACCCAGCAUCAGCCCGUCAGGUUUGUCUAUUGCUUUGACGUCGCACUGGGGAGGAAGGAUAAAAAGAGAGAGGAAACAGGAGGAGGAGGAGAAAUUAGGUGAAUGAAAAUCAACACGUGCUUUGGAACAGGAUGGGGAGACUGGAAAGGUCUGGCCCUUUGGGGCACCCUCAGUGCUGUCACUGACCCUCAUUAUGCAAAGUGGUGAACACCCACUGGGAGCGCUGCAGGAGAUCAGUGGGAAGUGAGGCAGUGAAACGCCUCCCAUUCAGAACCUCGAAGGAUCAGGCCCUUUCAUUGUUCUCCAGGGCAUAGAUCCCAUGGUGAGCCUUGCUUUAGAACUACCACGGAUAGACAGUAAUGUCAGGCAGGGGCAGUACUUCCUCAUCUGAAGUCACUUCAGCAUUGUGCAGCAAGAGAUCAAAAACCUGACUCACCUCUCAGCCUCUGGGGCACUCACAGCUUCCAAAAUUGAAAGAUAGGAGCAGCCCUACUCUUUCAGCCUUCAGUCUCAUGUGAUUUCACCAACAUGGGCAAGCUUUCAGUGCCUGGGUGGGAAGUGCCUGCUGCUACCAGAAGCAAUGCUGGCGAUUCCGUAGGUGACAUUCUUCCCUGUGAGUCAGCCCUGAGCCAGUGCUCCAGCACGGCAUUAAGGAGCAUAUGCUGUUGGAGAUGUCCUUGCUCCGAUUAAAAAUGUGGAUAGAUGAGCUCCUGCCCCAUUGAAGAGCUCAGAAAGCUUUUUACCAAGCUAAGCAGAGUGAUAUCUUGGCCAAAUUCAAACCUUGGUACAUACAUUCUGCCUAGUUUCUUAUAAUAGUUCCCUUCCCUCCCUAUGAAUGAUUGUUUAGCGUGUCUGGCAUAGGCUGGGUGCUGUCUUCCUCCCCAGAGGUGGAUGCAUUUCAGCCGUGGCUGAGCCAUCUAUUUGCUGCAGUCUGUAAAGCACUUUGGGGACUUUCUGGCUGUAUUAUUAUCGGUAUGGUCUUACUGUGGUACGAUUAUUGCUAUACAUUCCUGGGCACAAAGGAUGCUUUCGUUUAUUUAUUAGACGUUAUGGGAGCUCAUCGGGGCUCUGGGUUCUAAGUAAAUGUUUUCUUUUGGUGAAACAUAUUGUCAGGCAGGCAGCUGUUGGGUUUGUUUUAGGCAUAAAGGCCUCGCUCCAGCUCUAUCAGUUCCCACCAUCUGAGGAUCUGGCCCAGUACAGUCAAAAUCCACAAAGAGGAAAGAUCAAUUUUACACUUUUAAGGCCGCAGAGUAGAUGUCAGACAAGCCCUUUGGAAAACUGAGAUGAAGAGAUGCCCUGGGACUGCAAGGUUCAUUAGCAUGAAUGGCAAAAAAUGAAGGGCAGAGGGGGGAAAAGAUCCAGCAAGCAGCAUAUGAAACUCAAAUCUCUGUCCGGAGGAGAACAUCACUUACAACACGUAUUUUCUGCUCACUCUUUUCCUCUCUCUCUUUUUUCUUUUCCUCUCAGGUAUUGAGUGGGACAAACAAAUAUUUAGAAAAAGGAAUUUUAAAUAUACUGGGCUAAAUUCUGAUCUCACUUACAGACAGGUAGCUCCACAGUCCUGGGUGCCCAGCAUCUCUGAAAAUUAGGCAACUUAGAUGCCUGAAUAUGGAUUUAGGAGCAAUCAGCUAGCAUGCUAGAGGCUGCAUCUGCUAGGCGCAUAUGCACCUAACUCCCAUUGAAUCAAGGUUCCUACCUGCAUCCUUAGGCACCAAAACAGCUUUAAAAAUCUGGCCCAUAGGCCCUAAUUCAGCCUGGUAUUUGAGCAUGUGACUAACUUCAAGCAUGUGAGCAAUCCCCUUGAUUUCAAUGGGCCCACUUGUGUGCUUAAAGUUAGGUACCUGCUUAAGUACUUCGAUCUUAAGUGGCACAUAAAUCUUGUGUGUGUUCUCUGCACAGGGGUGAAUUU